UGGGAUCAGAGGAGCACCGGUACUAUAAAAGGGCAAUUGCGUACAUGCUUUCUGGUGUAACACAAAACAAGGCAGAGGCUAAAAUUUACUGUUGGCGAGGUCAAGAGAAAAUGUUGGCACCAGCUGAGCAAGUUAAGCUUGGGGUUGGAGGCUUCAAACUGGAGGAUUCCAAUUAUAAGCCACAAUGGAAUCCUCCUUCCAAUCCAGCUCAAGUUCCAUAUCAAGCAAGAGAUGAUCAAGUUAUUGAUUGCUUCAAGGCUGCAGAAAAAUACGGUGGCAUCUUGGUUGUUGAUCAUCGCGCAAGAGAUCAGCCUAUUGAUUGUUACAAGGCAGCGAAAAAGUUUGGUGGCAUCUUAGUUGUUGAUUAUCCUGUUAGAGAUCAAACUACCGCAGCUGAAAAGUAUGGUAGCCAGUUGAUGAAGUAUCCGGCCACAAAAGCACCACCACAUAUGCCGUUAACUCAGGGGUACUAUUUUUAAUUAUAACUCAGGUGUUCGAGCCAUCAUGCACAAACACGAUCUGUUUCCUAUGUAUAAGAACAAGGAUAAUGAUGUAAUGUUGUAUCUGUAAUGUAUCAAAGGAAUCAUCUAAUGCUACAUAUAGUCUGCCUAUUUACAUAAUAGUGUGAAACUGUAAAUCCCUCUAGCUUCCCUUUGCUGUUGAGUGUUUGACAAGCAAAAGAUAAAAGUGUGAUAAAUUCGGGCAAAGUUCGAAAUAGGUGUC